AUGAUGCGCCGCAACCUGUCCAAGAUGGUGGCCCGCGAGUCGUUCGAACUCCGAUUGCUGGAAGAUUUGCGGUUGCGGUUCGCGAACGAGGUACCCUAUGUAAAAACGUCCCCACUCCAUAUUUGUAGUGCAAAUGUGCAACGACUGUAACAUUUGUAAUGCGCAUCUGCAUGAGAGGCAUUUCCAAUCGUGUUUUGGACUUUGUAAUGCUGUAAACAGGAUGACAAGCUGGCUUUCUCGUCAUGCGGCUGCCUUUGCCAACCAGCACUACACUGCCGAUGGGAACUUGUCAUGCACAGCGCCCAAAUCUUGGAGAUUUGUGUUGCAGAUAGACCAACUUGACUAUCGGGCGGGGACGUUUUUGCUCAGGAUACGAGGCGAAAUCGCGCGCGGGGCAAAUGAACUUCUGCCGGGACAUCACCUUCUGCUUCGACCUGCACGAAGACAAACACUGCCGCAUCCAAAUGGCUACGCAGGUAUGAUGUUGGGGUCGAAAGAGCUUUUGCUUUUCACAUUCAAUAGUCCUGUCUGCGUUAGUGUGAUUGUGAUACUUAUUAAUUUCAAUUUCCACCUCCGAUUUUUUUACUGAUUCUGUACCUGUACGUCUUUCUCAUCAUGAUCAUAGUCAUUUCAUCUGAAAGCAUUGUGAUUGGCUCCGGAUGAACAGGAUCAUGAUCGUCCAGUCUUCCUAAAACCUAUCUCCCCAACCCCGACAUCAGGGUCCUCCUGGGUGAAGAUCAACAUUAUGUUGUUGUUGGUGAUCUCGAUAUAUAACAUCAACACUUUUAUCGGCAUAAUUUAAGUAAGUAGUACGUACAACAAACACCUCAGGUUCUCCUCUGGUUGUGGCGUUAUUCGCAGAACCUGUCCACCUCCAAGUCCGCGAUGUUGCAAUUUGUCGGGCGGUAUCAAAUGUAAAAAUGUCUGGGUCUGGAAGAGUGCAAGAUUUGUGAUGCAGGUUUUCCAUGACCCACGAGGUCUGCAAUGCGAGACCCAGCAUGACAGAUUCUUUGACGUCUCUAUCAUGCCUUUCCUGCAUGAGAAUCUCCCUCUCAACUUGGUCAAAAGCGGACAGCUUUUGACACUUACGCAACACAGAUUUUUGCAUCAUUGAGAUUUAGCAUGACAAGUUCCAUUCUUCCAGACCCAGACACUUUUACACUUGAUAGGCGGAAAGAGGGCAACAACGGGGGCUUAAACCCGACCUUCCGCGUCCGCCAUGUGUACGACCGCACGGACCUGAUGAUGGACGAGGAGGUCCGAGACUACGUGCAACACCAAUCCACCUGGGACCUGUUUAAGUUGGACCCCAGCUAUGAACUGCAAAAGUAUCGUACUAGUAGUAAUUGCAGUCAUGCAUGACAAAACUGGUUCCUUAGCUUAUUCGGCAUUACAAAUUCCAUUUUUCUUUCUGGAGAAAUUUGUAAUGCUAUUUCUACUAGUACGAUGCCUUUGCAAUGCAUACCUCCAUGUGCUGGUCGAUUCGGAACAUCUCGCCGCCCGCUUUGGAAACGUACACCGAGGUAUCAAAUAUAAAAGUGUCUGGGUCUGGAAGAUUGCCAGGGUUGUCAUGCACAUUUUGCAUGACUACUGAUGUCUGUGAUGCAUGCCCUAGCAUCACAGAUUUUGUGAGGGCUUCCUGAUACCUAUACCGCAUGACAAAUGCUCUUUCCGUGUAGCAAAACUUGGGCUCUCCUUGCUGCUCAUGCAAUACAGAUUUUUUUGGAAUCCAAAAUCAGCAUGACAAUUGGGAUUCUUCCAGACCCAGACACUUUUGCAUUUGAUACGAGGCCGAACUCGCCCGCCGGCGCGCGCGGAGGCAAGUGCGCAUGAAGGCGGCGCAGCUGCGGAAGCAGCAGCGAGCAAACAACAAGGGACAAGCUGCGAAGAAAGGUGUGGCAGGAGAGCUCGACCGAAAUAACACCAGUAAAUCUUCGGACGGCACAGAAGUUGUGAACGCGAACAGUGUUGAACAUGGUGAGCUGUUGGAAAGAACUGCCGACGACAAAGCUCCUUUGGAACAAGGUGAGCAAGAACCUGGCAAUGUGGAUCAUUUGUCCGAUGACGACGACGAUCACGCCGACGACAUUGACUUUACGAAACCGAUCGAAGGGCAGCAGAAGAUGAAACAAAAAGCCACGAUUGCUGGUCAUCUUCAAAGCAAGGCCGCUUUGAAAACGGGUAGUUCCUCCUCGGCGGAACAAGAUUGCGAUCAUUUGUUGAAUAAGCAUCGCAAAAGUAUCGUACUAGUACAAAUUGCAUUGCAAAUUUUUUGUGAAACAAAAAUGCAGUUUGUCAUGCGGAUUUCGGUAAAAAAGCGAAUCUGUCAUGCGUCGUUGCAUUUGCAAUUAAUACGUAUACGAGUGCGAUACUUUUGCAAUGCAUAUUGAAUUCCUCUUCGAAAGGUACAUCCGACCAAGACCUCCUGCAAGACGCGGCACUGCUACAAGAUCCCUCGCAGGCCGCCUUGGAGCCGGUUCCCAUCCCGCCCUCUCUUCUGAAUUCGAACCGUUGUAUGAAAGUGCACAACUCCCCCUCCCCCUCAUUUGUCAUGCAAAAUUCCAAAUCCACCCUUUGCCUGUUAGUACGGUUUGCAUGACAGAUUCCGGAAUCCGAAACAGCACUACAAUCUCCUAGAAGGAAUUUGUCAUGCAAAAGCUGCAUCUUUGCCAGCGCAUGUGUUGCUGUUCAUGCAAUACAAAUGAGGGGGAGGGGGAGUUGUGCACUGUCAUACGUUGUCGCCCGUGGCUGGAAUGCACCUACAUCUGCGGCACUAGGAUGAAGCUCAGCUUUCGGAAAGGUAUAUAUCAUGUAGAAGAGCUCUCUAGAAGAAGAAGCAUGUGGUCUUGUAGUGGAUGCCAUCGCGGCUUGGACAGUGCUGCUUCGGCAGCCUUGCUUUCUUUCAAAAUUAUUUUUACAGCAAUGUCGUUAACUGCUAAUAAAUACACCGAUCAUCAUGUCGGUUGUUUUUGCAUCGAUGUCUAUCACGAUAGAACAGCACACAAAUCGAUUCAUCAAAUUCUCAAAUAAUCCAGACCUUGCCAUCCAAAACUCCGUGAUUGCGUAUUGCGAAGCGAACCAGAUCAAGGUCGAGAAUGUCGGGCCGGUGGCGCCACUGUCUUACGUAUCAACUGCAAAAAUGUCUGGGUCUGGAAGAGUGCCAGACUUGUCAUGCAGGUUUUCCAUGACCCAUGAGGUCUGGCAUGAAGGACAUAGCAUGACAGAUUCUGUGAGGGUUCUAUAAUGCCUAUCCUGCAUGAGAAUCUGCCUCUCGAUUAGGUCAAAAGUGGGCAGCUUUUGGUAAUCACGCAACACAGAUUUUUACAUGAUUCCAAUUUAGCAUGACAAGUUGGAAUCUUCCAGACGCAGAUCCAGACAUUUUUAUAUUUGAUAGCACGCCGACUUGGACAACUACAAGAUGCUGGUGGACAAGAAACAGUGCCAGGGUAUGCGGACUGUCAUGGAGGAAGAAACAGCUGGCGAAAAUAACGGAGCUGCAGGAAACAAUCAGCACUCGGGCACCACAACUUCCAACGGCAACGGGAACAACAACAAUUACACUACAAGCAGUGGCACUCUGUUCGGCAGCAGCACUUCGCCUGAUGAUCCUUCCGCCAUUGCUUUGGCUCAGAAUGGAAACGGGUUUGCGAUCGCUCCGUUCAACACGAAGAACAACGGUGAAGUAGAUCCGACGGCAAACAACACUGGUUUGGGUGGAUCCCAAGAACUUCUUCGCAAACUGGACUCCGAGACGGAGUUCGAAACGCAGGAAGAGAUGAUGCGCAAGGCGUUUCAAAACGUGUUCGACGAGGCGAAGCGGGAUGUCAUUCUGGAGCGGUUGAUGGGCCUCAAAUUGACCGUGGCUUCCACGCUGAACUCCACCGCGCUGCCCUCGCACAUCGGCUACCACAUCUGUUCCAACGGCAUGGCGAGUUGGUUCUACUCGCAGCUCGGGAUGUGUUAUGCAUUGCAAAUAUGUCUGGGUCUGGAAGGUUGUAACUUGUGAUGCUACCUUUGGACUCUAAAAAAAUCUGUAUUGCAUGACCAGCAAAAGGAGUAGAGUUUGUGCUACGCGGGGAGGGCAUUUGUCAUGCGGAAUAGGCAUCGCGAAGGUCUCUAAAAAUCUGUGAUGCUACGUCGUGCAUUACAGACAUCCUGAGUCAGGGAAAAUAUGCAUGACAAACCUGGCAACCUUCCAGACCCAGACAUAUUUGCAUUUGAUAUGUGUGUGAAAUUCAACAUUGGGUACUUGGAAGCGACGCAGCUCUGGGUGGAGGGGAAAGAAUUACGGGCUUUGAUGCUCCGGAAUCAGGCCCCCGGCUCUGGCGGAACAGGAUUAUUAUCCAGCGGUCUUCUUGACAAAAAAACUCUCUCGUUACGAUCUACGCACGCCGGUGCAGGAGCAGGCGACGAGAAUAUUAACGUCUACCACACCACCCAGCAGCUUUACGGCCCCCGCAGCACGUUGUACAAAGAUACGCAUUACCGGGAACAGGUGCGGGCGAUUGGAGGAAAUAUGGUACCUAUCCAAGAAAAAGUCUGUGUUAGUGUAAGUCUUUUGGGAAAACAGCAUCACAAGUUUGUCUGCCGUGACAGGAAAAGCUUGUAAUGCCCAGAUAGGAAGGGAAAACACAUAGGAAGCCAGCCGAUCACGCAUGUGGUCGAGCAUGACAAGUCUAACUGUUUUGCACUUUCUGCAUCACAGAUUUACACUAUACACAGUUUUUUUCUUGCAUAGUACCCGCUCGGGAUGCGGAGUUUCACAGCAUCGAGGAUUUGAAUUCCCUGGAUGAUGAGGAAAACUUACAUUUGCACUCUUUCGAAGUAGAGAACAACUUGAAUUUCCAGUGGUUGGACCACCGCAACAGCAAACACAACGCUACCGCGGCUCCGAAGUUUGAGAACGAAGACUGCGAGGUGCAGAAUCAGUACCACGUGGAUUGGUUAUGCGUUGCAAAUAUGUCUGGGUCUGGAAAGGUGGAACUUGUAAUGCGCGUCAUGCAUUCCUGCAAAAUCUGUGCUGCAUGAACAGCAAGUGGGCAGCUUUCCUUGUCAUGCAGCACUACCACAGUUUAUAAUUAUCCGUCUUAGGUAUCAGAAAGUGUUCCGAAAGCUUGUCAUGCUGAGCUGCCAUUGCAAGCGUUACAAUCAUGCGCAAUUCAGCAUCGCAGAUUUCCAGACCCAGACAUAUUUGCAGUUGAUAUUGGUGCAUGGUCGACCAUGCGCAUUGGCGGGACCGCGACGCGCGCUAUGAAAUGUAAAAAUGUCUGGGUCUGGAAGAGUGUAGACUUGUCAUGCAGAUUUUCCAUGACCCAUGAGGUCUGGAAUGCGGGACUUAGCAUGACAGACUCUGCGAGGCCUCUGCCAUGCCUAUUCUGCAUGAGAAACUCUGUUCCAACUUGGUCCAAAGUGGACAGCUUUUGACACUCAUGCAACACAGAUUUUUGCAUGCUUCAGAUUUACCAUGACAAGUUGCAAUCUCCCAGACCCAGACACUUUUGCAAUUCAUACACGCCGGAGUCAGUCGAAAUUCAAGGAAUUUUUGCGGUCCGAAGAGCAGCAAGAAGAGAUGAAAUUCUCCGGGUAUAAUGCUGGAGAUAAAAGCAACGGGUUGUUCUGCUCUGUGAACAGGGAUGUGGAUCCGACCAAGUUUUCCUGUAAGUUUAACAAGUAUAACAUGUGGAUCAACACCGGUUUCCGCGAGGUUCGUGCCUUCCCGAUCUACCGCGUGGCGACCAACUACGAGGAAUACGUCCGCUACAUCAACGGCUUUCUGCAUGUCUUUUACGUCAGCAGCUCCGUCGACUCCGGGCUUUAUAAGGACUUGUGGUACAAAAAUCUACAACAUGUGCAUCAACUCUUCCUGACUUGUUUUCUGACUGCAUGACGUUGGUUAUACUUCCUUGGACGAUGAUGCAUCAGAUUGAUCAUGAGCUAAAAGUAAAAACCGCGGCUCCUUCGAUAAGGUUGUUCCAAUCUUGAAAUAAACAAUCAGGUACGACAAGGAGACUCUGCGCGAUCUGUUGAUUCACAAGGAUGAGUUAGCGGCGAAGAUGAAUAACACGAGCACCCGAGGAGCCAGCUCUUCUGGAGCAGGUGCAGCAACUUCUGCGACCACCACGACUGAAGAAAAGAAUAACGCCGUCGACCACAUGGAGCGCACGCAAUCCGAUUCCAGCACGGAAACUACAGCGUCUACUGGCGGGAGUACUGCUGACAAGAAAAGCGUGGGGAAAAAAAUCAUCCGCGAGGAAACCACGGGCGUUUCGAAGAAGAAGGUAGCGGCAAAAACCUCCAGUCGCUCGACCAACAAGUACCGGAACUAUGGGGUGCCGUUGUCCGAUCUGGUGUGGGAUCCGGAUAUUCACGUGUUUGACUGCUUUUGCAUCACGCACCCGAUGUUUGUGAACCUGAAGUUGCAGAAAGCCUACGUGAUUUGGCCACGGUCGAGGUCGGAGCUGCUCGAGGUCUACGACAACAUCGAUGUUGCGGAGAAUGUGUUGACAAAGAAAGAUGACAAGAACGAAGAUGGUGCUACCGGCAAGGACGAGGAUGGCAAUACUACCGGAACCGGCGCAAAGGUACAAAGAGAACUAGUAGAGCUGCUCUGCAAGAAAUGUACACUACUCUCAGCUCUUACUAGCGCUUCAUUUUUGAUACUUAAAUAAACAUGAUACACCUGCUUCAUACCUCUUCUUGAAAAUCAGAUCGGUUUUUUCUUUUUUUCUCCCUCCACCUUUUUGUUUCACCUCUACUUAAUUUUUUUGUUUCUUUUCAGGCUCCCGGCUCUUUCGGAGAUGUAGUAGCUGAAGAAGAAAGUGUUGCUUCUCGUGACGACGGUGAUGUUCUUCCUGAGCUGCAAAAUAAGACUGCCAUCUGUGACUCUUCUGAGAGUGAAGAGCACACGACUCAUGAUUUUUCCCGUACCACACCGCGCGCUCGAACUCCCAGCUAUUUAAAACAGAAGGACAAGCGGACCCGGCUGGUACAGGAGGACAUCGAAAACGGUCGGGUGCACCGAUUUCCGCAGUCCUGGAAGCUCCACGAGCUGCCGCUGCACUCGGUGGUUGCGUUGCGAAACCGGGAAGAGGUGUUGAGCACGAUCACGCGAUUAUCCUGAGCAAAAAUGUCCCCAACCCAGAGUUGUCAUGCAAAUCUGCAUGCCAGAAAAGCAAAAGUUUCUCAUGCGGAGCCGCCUGAGAGCCAUUUUCGACAUCAGGUUUUGGAAUUUGUGAUGCUAGAAUCAGCAAGCAUGAUGUGCUAGAUCUAUGAUGCUUCGGAACUAGCUAAACAGGAUUACACUCUACAACGAGGACAAACUUGUCAUGCGAAACAACCAAAGCUGGUUGAUUUGUCUAGCAGAUUUCCCAUCUUGGCUCAGAUGUGGGAACAUUUUUACUCAGGAUAGCGAUUUGACCUGAUUUUGUCGGGAGAAAACCUGCGCGGUUUCAGCCCAGAGGAGCUGGCGGGGUUGACUUCGGUGGACGAGUGA